GCUAAGGGUUGGAAAAGUAAGAUAUUUAAAGAUAGUCCGCGGGAGCAGGAGACAAUGACGGUUUCCCUGUCGCAGUGUCACGUCCCUUCCUCUUCGCCUCUGUGCGUGCAUUCCUCGCCGGGAAACUUUUAGAGAGUGAGAGUGAGAGAGAGAGAGAGGGGGGAAGGGAGAAAUGGAGGGAUAAAGAUUGCUCCUUCUUUUCCUCGCUCUCCAAAACGCUAAUCCCUGGGUUACGAGCGAAAUAGAUCCCUGAGGUAGGGGAAGCGACGGCGAGCAUUUCCUAGGGUUUUUGGAGAGAGAUCUUUCAUGUUAUCGGCGUCUUUCUUCUGGUUCGUGUUGUCGCUGCUGAGUGGUCGAGAACAGCUGCGGAAACUAGGGUUUUGAUGCUUGUCUAAGACGCGGUUUCUAAAGGUGUGCCGGCUUGGUGUGCUUAGACAGCUUUGGGCAGUACCAAGCUCGGAAUGGCACUGAAACCACAAAUAGCUAAAGCUCUGAAUGCGAUGAAGGACAUUGGCAUUCCUGUGCAUACAACGAAACCAGUCUUGAAGAAGCUUUUGCAAGUGUAUGAGAACAACUGGGAGUAUAUCGAAGCUGAGAACUACAGGGUUCUUGCAGAUGCUAUUCUUGACCUGCAGGAGUCCAAGGAUAAGAAAAGUGAUCCAGCGGAGAAGCAAAAUGAUAUUGAUGUUGGUGGUAGGAGAAAAGUAGCUACUUCAAGUGAUGAGACUGAGAAUUAUAGGAAGAAGCUUAGAACGAGGCAGGAGGAACAAGGCCCUUCAACUUUAAUGCAAAAUUCUGAAAUACAUGCUUAUGAGAGGCCAAAAAAAGAAGAUAUUUCACCUGAGUCACAUACUGUUCAGCAACAGGUGGAGCCAGCUUCACAUCGAACAAAGCAUAGAGGUAAAUGGACUGAGCUCCCAUCAUCUGAGCCUUCUUCUGCAGAAAGGAGUGAGGUUGUGCCACCUCCACAUUCUAUGAGAUCUGAAAGGCCUGGACAAGCGUCAUCUCAGAAAAUGUCCAGAGUGUCAAGGGCUUUGAUGCUUGCACAUAACAGUCCUGGUUCUGCAGAAAGGACUGAGGUUGUGCCACCUCCACAUUCUAUGAGAUCUGAAAGGCCUGGGCAAGCAUCAUCUCCGAAAAUGUCCAGAGUGUCAAGGGAUUUGAUGCUUGCACAUAACAGUCGUGGUCAGGGAAAUGCAAAGUCAAGUUCACAUUUGACCUAUCGGAGAGAUAAGCACCCAGUGAAUAAGAGAAUGGAAGACUUGAUGUGUUGUAAAGAACCUAAGGUCAAAUCUGGCACGGUGAUCUUGCCAGCACAUGGAACUGGUAACUGUCAUGCUGCUGCAGCUAGACAGAUGGACGGGCCAACUGGUGGUCAGUCUCUGGCAUCUGAGGUUCCUCUUGCAAUGAUAUGCCCUCCUGUCUCAUUUCCUGCUAUAGAUAAAGAUCAUCGAGGGCAUCGGGGCUUGGAUGGUUCUUCAAAGCAAAAUGGCUGUGCUUCACAAAAAAAGGCAUCUGAGACACUCGCAACACAACAUGCAGAUAGGAGGGGAAAGAGAAUUGUCACAGAUGCUGCAGACAAGAACAUAAGCCCCUCCGACCUUCUAAGUGUUCAGGAAAAAUCUUCCACCAAUGUUGAGAUAGCUUCCUCAGCUAUGGGUGAAGUCAAGCUUUCAUUUACAUGUGACACUGGUGCACUUGACCGCCCAGAUUUCCAUAUGCCAAGCAUGGAGGCUGUAUGCAAGAUGGUAGAGGAUAAAUGUUUAAGAUCCUACAAGAUUUUCGAUCGUAAUUUCUCUCUUAUGAAUAUCAUGAAAGAAAUGUGCCGGUGUUUUCUGGAGUUGGGUUCUGAAUCCUCAGAAGAUAGAGAGGAAAAUAUCAUACACAUAGUUCCUACUCUUGAGUCACUAAAAAGAUCUGGUAUCCAACAUAUGUUGGGGAACAUGCCUGCAUGUCCUUCAAAGGGCCCAAAUGGUCACUGCCUGAAUGUGAAAAUUCAUGAAAAUAAUGUAAAUGCAAGGGCAAAGAAGCAAAUUGGAGAGUGCUCAAAUAUCAGUUCACGAAGUUUGGUUGUGGUUCCACAGCCAGAGAUUGCACUUGGUGAUUUAAGACCAGCCCAUGAUGUAAAUGAUGUAACUAAAGGUGAAGAAAGAGUUAGAAUCUCCAUAGUGAAUGAAGUCAACAGCGAGCAAUAUCCGCCAUCUUUUUUCUAUAUACCACAUAAUAUUGUUUACCAAAAUGCAUAUAUAAAUCUUUCACUUGCUCGAAUUGGGGAUGAAAGUUGUUGUUCGGAUUGUUUUGGUGAUUGUUUGGCAGCAAGAAUCCCUUGUGCAUGUGCAGGAGAAACUGGAGGUGAGUUUGCCUACACAAGGGAUGGCCUACUGAGAAAGGAUUUUCUGGAUGCCUGUAUCUCAAUGCAUUGUGCUCCACAGAAACACCAUUACUUUUACUGUAAAGAUUGCCCCCUAGAAAGGUCCAAGAAUGAGGUCGGUCCUGAUCCAUGUAAGGGACAUUUACUUAGAAAGUUUAUUAAGGAAUGCUGGAGUAAGUGCGGAUGCAAGAAAGAAUGUGGAAAUCGAGUAGUUCAGCGAGGCAUAACAUGCAAUCUUCAGGUGUUUUUUACUGGUCAAAGGAAGGGGUGGGGACUCCGUACGCUUGAUGAACUGCCUAGAGGCACGUUUGUAUGUGAAUAUGUUGGGGAAAUAUUGACAAACAUGGAGCUGUAUGAUCGAACCAUUCAGACCACUGGUAAUGCAAAACAUACAUAUCCAGUGCUGAUGGAUGCAGAUUGGGGCACUGAAGGAGUUCUAAAAGAUGAAGAAGCCCUUUGUUUGGAUGCCACAUUUUAUGGAAACGUGGCAAGAUUUAUUAAUCACAGAUGUUUUGAUGCAAACCUUAUUGGAAUACCAGUUGAAGUGGAGAUUCCUGACCACCAUUAUUACCAUCUAGCUUUUUUCACAACCAGGAAAAUAGAAGUUCUUGAGGAAUUAAAUUGGGACUAUGGAAUUGAUUUUGAUGAUCACACUCACCCAAUCAAGGCAUUUAAAUGUCGCUGUGGAAGCAAAUUUUGCCGAGACAUGAGAAAUGUUUCGAGAACCACAUCAAGUGCGUUAGUUUUGCGGUGAACCAAUGGAGAUCUAUCAAAGCAUCCUACAAGGUAGAGAUUGCCGACUCGAGGUUUUAUAGUCAAAAGGGAACAGGUAAAGUGGAGCAAACAAGCUGGUUUUUUUUGGGUGGUUGGUAUACCUUUCAGGAUUUAACAGUCAAUUCUGCUUUCUCGGAUUGCGUGAAAUGUUUAAUUUUUGUCGAUGCUUUAAUGAAUUGUUGAGCAGCAGCUUCGAUUUUAUGAUUGCGAACGUACAUCCCCUUCA